AUGGCGAAAGGCAAGAAAGAAAAUAUGAGCGACGAGGAGAAGGAAAUCGACAUUGAAAGUGACGAGGUAAAUUGAGUAUUGUAUUUUUAUGACUUUGCAAGUUGUUUAAGCAUCGUUCCGUUUAAAAACUGUCUGAUUAUUUUGUAGGAGGCAGCUGAAAAUGGCGAAGAACCGCAGUAUAUGUCGCAGGUAUACCCUAUGUUUUGGUGUCAAAUUGCGUGCAAACUACGUCCACAUGGCUUUAGUAGGGAAACACGUGUCGAUGUUUUGAGGGGCUCAAUUUUUCUUAGAUCCGUUUCUAGGUGAUUUUUUUGACUGUUGAGAUUCAUAACAAAGAAAUUUUUACUUUCAAAAUCUGUAAAAUAUUCCAGAUUUCAAGGGAUUUUCCCUCGUCCAUCGCCGUCACGCUAUUAUGGAACUUUGCCCAAAUUGACAAAAUUUGGUUCUCAGGAUUUGAAUAUUUUAUGAGGAGCGAAUGCCCUAUUCUAUCUGCUAGGUAGAUUUUCCUGUCGGUUAGUUUUGCACUUUCAUGGAUGCAUGAUUCGGUUUUAUUUUAGGCCGAUAAGCGAGCACAUCACAACGCUCUGGAGAGAAAGCGACGAGAUCACAUUAAAGAUAGCUUCGCUCAUCUCCGCGAUUCUAUACCUUCGCUUCAAGGGGAGAAGGUAAGAUUCUGAAAUCUUUUAUUUAUUUCAUUUCUUGUGGGAUGCCCCUAAAACAAACUGGUAUCAGUGACAAAACUAUCAGCUGUACAAAUUGUCAGUUUGUUGUAGCGCACUUUGGAUUUUAAUUUGCUAACGGUCAAAAUUGCGUGGUGAAAUGGUUUCCUCGAACAGUUAAACUUAAGCUUUGCAUGGUCUUGUUCACCAAGUUAAGUGUCGCUCUUAGAUCUAAUUUUCGUUUUCUGGAAGGAAUGAUUGUGGUUUUGCUCCAUAUGAUAAAGAUUUGCGUGAUACUGUGUUGUCAAGAGGGGUCAUUACUUGUUUUAUGCAAAAUAUUUUACGAACUGUGACCGACGUGCCUAGACAGACAGCCAGCCAGACGGACAUUAUUUUGUAAUUCCUGAAAUACAUCACUUCCCCAAGCGUCCUCAUUGGUUGAACAUCAUGCAUUCACAGUUAUAGCUGCAUGACGAACAUUUUUCUUUCUAUCACAUCCCCUCUUUCUCUUACCUUUGUGGGACAUCAUGGGCAUUUUUUAGCAGAGGAAAGCCACUCCUCUUGUGAAGGGGGGUUGAGGUGGCUUUAAUUCUAUGAUUCUGGGAUAAAAUGAAGAUAGUAAUAGUAGUAUAUGCAGUCACUGAGGUUUGUAUAAAAACUGCAGUUCUCACUUCCACUCAAAGGCUGGCUACCCAAAAUACAGGCCCAUUUAGAUGGGGUUUACAUAUGUCCCUGGUUUGAAUAUCAAAACCAGUUAUCUCGUGUAUUGAGGAGGAAGCCUUGUCCCUGUCGGUUUUUACUAUUGUCUUUGUGUUUUUUUUUGUUGCUGUCAUAUUUUUGACCCAUCAUUGUAUUGUUUGUCACCAUUUCUGCCUGUCUUAUGUCACUGUUUCAUAGCUAUGUCGCUUGGUGGAAUUAUGCCCUUACAGGUCCUCAGAAUACAACUGUUAACCCUUUAAAACCCAAUAUCCACAUACAAAUUCUCCAAACUGAUCUUUAUAUAUUUCCUUAAAGAAUGAGUUGAGAGAAUUUGAUAAAAGAUCGAAGCUUUUUUCUCUUCGGUGAUUAUCUUAUUAAUUCUCAUAACCCUUCCCCUUGAUUGUCUAUUGAUAUCGUUAGGAGAAAGUUGAUGUUGGUCGCUAGUGGGACUUAAAGGGUUAAUAUUGGCAGAUUCUCUAAACUACUUUAGAAAAGGUGAUUCUGUUAGCUGGGAACACACCAAAAUGUUAUAUUUUGACUUUAGGUUAAAAAACCGUUGAAAUUGAUUCUCAGUACUUUAAACUAAAGUUGGUCGAUAUAAUUUAUUUGCAGGCUUCAAGGGCUCAAAUUCUUAAUAAAGCCACAGAUUAUAUCCAGUUCAUGAGACGAAAGAAUCACUCUCACCAAGUAAGUGCAAUCAUUGUUUGGGAACAAAAUAGUAAUUAUUAUCAUUAAUUAAUAAUAAUUAUUUACUGUGACAAUAGACGGAUCGAAACACACCAAUUACUGAUUACGAGUCUUCAUAGCCAAUAACAUCACGGCUUAACUGACAGACAACCAAUAACAUCGCAACGUAAUUGACCAAUCAGAUCAAUAACCAGAGUAUAAUACCAUCAACUGACGUGAUACAACUCAAUACAAUACAAUACAAUACAAUGUUCUUUAUUUUGAGAGGGUAGAUACAUGAUUAACCCAGUAAAGAGUUUUCUAACACAUGGCCCUCUGUUUGACUCACUUUGACUCUGAAGAUGACUACCGCACAGGUUGUCGAAACCGCGUCAGUCACUGUCAACAACAACCGUCCUAUUCAGGACUACGUUCACCCGGACGAUCAAACUCAACCUACUCUUAUUAUUAUUUUUUUCACAAAUACAAAUACAAUACUUAUACCAGAAGCCUGAAGUGAGAGUCAAAAUAAUAUUCUCAAAUAUUGUGGGUCAAUAAAUAAUAAACAGUAAGGGUCGAAUUUUCAGGCUUUGCAGUAAUUUUUGUUGAUUUUUUUUUCAGACUGAUAUAGAUGACCUUAAAAGACAGAAUGGUAUUCUUGACCAGCAAGGUACAGCCUCUUGUAAAAUUACUUGUACAAAACGUUUGUUCUCACAGUUGGGACUUUACUAUUGCCCUGCUUUUGUAGUUGCAGCAAGGCUGUGCUCUAGGGAAAAUUGAAGGAAGCCCAAUGCUCUGAGCCUGUAAAAUCUAGGGUGCCCAGCAUAUGAUUUGUUCGAAAACACUAAGAUUUUUCCCAGUAGCAAAAGUGCUAGCCAGAGCACAGCCCUGUCCAGUGCAGAUUUGUGUUGAUGUUGUACGUAGCUGUAUUUUCUGUGGUGUUUUAUCUUCUGAAAUAUGGGACACGCAGGCUUGUUAAGCUGAGUAUUGGUAUAUUUUCUCUUUGCCAUAGUUCGAGCACUGGAGAAAGCAAGAAAUUCGGGGCAGCUGAGUAUUGAUGCCACAACUGCCCUUUUGACAUCAACUGACAACCUCCUUAGCUCUUCACCAACAGGGGAUGGAUUGCUAGAAGGGACACUUAAACAGGACCCCAGCUCACCUCUGAAUAACAAUGCUGAGAUAACAUCGGAUGAUGAAUACAGUAACAGAGCAAAAAGGAGGAAGCGUGAUGUGUAACAUGUCAUCAUUUAUAUUUAAAUUGUUAGCAACUGUAUUUAGCUUAGCAGAUUUUUUGCUAUUAUUUUAUACCCUACCACUUUCAUUAGUAGCCAAAGUCGACAAAAAAAGAUAUAUAGGACAUCUGGAUCAGUGUAGGUUUCUUGCAAACUGAACACCUACCCCUCCCCUAAGCCAGCAUUGACACUUGGGGAGGGGUAGGUGGUCAGUUUCCCAGAAACCUAAACAGUCUUGUUAUUUAAAUUUCCACACUAAGAAAUUCAUGGGCGUGGUCUAAAGUACAGGUCACUGUUCCCUAGAUAAAUUACCAAACAACUCAGACUCCCCUCGAUCUAACAGAGCAUUUUGUCAAGAGAUUAGGGCUAAGAGACACUUUCAAUGUUAUUCAUUUAUCUGUAUCAUGUGACCUGUACUCCGGCCUGUGGAAAAGUGACCUGUAUUUUAGACCCACUGAAAAUUCAUGCACAAAUAUGAAAGUUUAAGCAUACCAUUCUAUGCUCUCUGAGUGAUCAACAUCAACGUUGUCCUUAUAAAGAUUAUCAUUAUUUAUAUUAAAGAAGAUAUUGAGAAUUCAGGAAAAAGAUCAUUCAGGUUAGAUUCUGUUUACCUAGCUUUCCUUGAUACUUCUAUAGAGACCAGCUUAAGUGCUUCAAAAAGGAGAACUUGUAUUUUAAUAUUGAAAGUCCAAAAGUUUCAAGAUUGUUUUCUAAACUGGAUUGAGGGGCUAAUUUGAUAUCAGUUGAACACACUUCCGUGAAAGUUUCAGUUUUAGGUACAAUAUAAAAGGUUAUGAUAAACCAGUGAUGGAUCUUAGUGGAGGGAACUAUAUGGCCAGGGGGUUGAAGCCCCCAGGACUGAAACAAAAAUUUUAUCUUCCUGCAUCUUUCUUCCCUAUAAGUUUAGAUAAGGUUACUGAAUUCUCCACUGGAUGCAACAUGAAAACAACAGUCAAUGCUUGUUCACCCAUUGUACUACUCUACUUAAAAUAAGUUGAAAUGGUGACUUUGCAUUUAAAGCAUAUAUCAGGUAACAGUUAUUCACCAGAUCACCCCGCUGGAUCUGGCACAACUAUUUGAACAUCAUCCUUAUCAACCAAGCCUGAACCAUUGUACUGUUUUCAGUUACGCCUGAAAAUAAUGACAUCAAAUGUUCAUACAUUUAGGUUUGUUUUCUUUAAUACAGUCAACUCUUUUGAAUGUAGCGGCGUGGUAAAUGACUUGUGUUGACUGCGAAGGUGUACUGGAGGUUUCCACCCUUAGAGAGCUGUCUCAUUGUUAGAUGGUUUGAUUACAGUAACGUUGAUCAAAAGAAUUGGUCAGAGUCAGCCUGUUAUUGAUAUCCAUCUUAGAGAUGGGCCAUGAGUGUUCUCUGUUCCACCAAGGCAGGGCUAAGGCCCGGUGAGGGUUAACUGCAUCAAACCUGUUCUGCACCUCAAGAGUUCACUGUAUAUCUAUUUAACUUUAUUUCUUUUUGUUUGUGUACA